GCCAUCGGCGCGAGAGGCGCGAGCCACGGCGCCGCGAGCCCCCAGCCGUUACAGUAUUCCAUUUCUAUGAGCACAAUGGCACGGUAGCAGCGCCUUGCGAGCGAUUCAGUGACCGCGGGCUUAGCUGAACGUUGUAGCUUGUUUUUGCUUUGCUCUUCAAGGCGAUGAAGUGGAAGCGUGAACAGUGAACGACAACCAGCAGAGGCGACGCAUCGCUCGCCUGCCCGAGGCUCGGCUACCUGCCCGUGCGCGGGGCGGCUGGAGUUAGCGCGCAACUCGCCAAGGGGGAGUGCCUCAAGCUGCAAGCCAUGCAGAGAAACCACCAGGCUCCUGAAGAUGCUGCAGCCGGCCAAGCUUCAACGACAGCCGCCUCCCAGCAAAGUCUUGGCCGUAGGGGACCUGUUGCAGGCACGCUAAGGAACGUGUCUGUUCCUUCAGCACGGCCACUGCCAGCCGGCUCGCCUUCCGGCUUUAGAGACUCCAGAAAAGAGCGGCUCCGCCAGAGACCUCAACAACCACAGGAUGAUUUCUUCUGGCAACACGUUUUUGAAGAACACUACACAGAGACUUCAACAUCAUCACGACCAAUCCAGGUGACUCCUGACAGAGCUGAGCUGAGGACUGGACGCACUGUUGUACCUUUGGCGAACCAGGGUCGGCAGCCGUUCACCAUCAUCCAGCCUGUGGAAAUCACCAGCCGCCAGGGGUCAGAGUUGCCCAAGCACAUCAAGCCAUGUGUCCCAAUGGCCGAACAUAAGCACUCCGGGCUGAUGCAAGCACGACCAUUGCCUCCGCAUGUUGGCAGCGCUGUCAUCAAACCAGCGUCGGAGCACUGCCGGCAGCAGUUUGAUGUACCUUCACCCAUGAACACUCCCUCUCCAAGCUCGAGGAUUCCUCGCAUGUCACGGACCUGUUCCACUGCACGUACCCAACAGCAAGUCGGGCAUUGCAGUGAAACUCAGCACUCCUCCCCUUCUGUCGGCAGCUCUUUGCCAUGUGGCAGGCUCGGUGAUCGAGCCUAUGAGCACCAGGAAGCCGCUGCCACAUGUGCUGCUGCGACGACAGAUGCCAGUCAGGCAACGGCAUGUUCUCCUCAAAAGAGCAUCCUACCUUCUGCUGGCUAUGAUUAUGGGGAUACGAGCCUGUCGGCUAGCAGCUCUUGCAGCCCUCUCAAGCCAUUUGAGUUAAACUUCCGCUCGCCCGAUCUUGAAAGAUUCAAAGAUCCAUUCAAGGACUGCCCAGGGGUCUCCAUAUCUUCAGACAUCUCGCAAUAUGCGGACUCCUCGCCAGAGUUUACCCCACCACCUGUGACCACGACAACUGAUGCCAUAAUGAAUGUGGCGAUCCCCUUGCCUGAUUCGCCAGCACAUUACACGGACGCACCUGAACCACGUCGCAGUGCUGAACAUUUCAACCUUCCCUUUUCCGUGACCCUGAGGAGGCGACGAGCAACAAAGAACAUGUCUCCGCUUGCCCUCUCCGAAUUGUCGCCGAUACAUCCAACAGAGCGUGUGGAACCAAACCCCGAGGAGGCCACAGAAGAUGAACUGGAAGAGUCUGAUGCCGACGAAGGCCCCUGGAACAGUGCAUCCUACAGUGGCCAAGCACUGGCUGUUCCAAAGUUUACAAGCCCAGACAUGAGAGAGUAUGGGCGUCGCGUACGGGAGGAGUUCGCCAAGUGCUACGAUGUGCACAGGGAAUCGCCAUCCUCGCUGAUGGACUCUCCCGCAAGCACAGUAUCCACGGCGUCAGCUGAACACAAUGUCGCCUCUUCACCACCUGCCGCAAUUCCUGUCGAAUCUAAAUCGACGCUGGAGAAGCACUUCGCAAGAUCGUCUUUGUCUCGGAAGCCUAGUCCGAUUUCCAGGCCACUGCUGCAUGUUCCGCACCGCCUGAGCACCGUCAUGGAGUGCACAGAAACGAGCAUCAAGGGGAGCACCACAACCGCACAUUGGCCAGCUCAUGGCGAAAUUGAAGAAAGUCUUAUCGUCAAUACAAGGCAGCCAACGUUGGUUGAUGGGAAUUUCAGUGCUGCUUCACCAUCUUUGUCAGUAUGCCUGGAAGAGGAGGCGGAGCCGACCUCGGAUUCCCUCGCUUCCUUUAUGCGACAUGAGCAGAGCUUCAUGCGAGCUACCGAAGACGAUGCGGACACUCAGAAGAGCUCCUCGUGAGCACACGGCAAAUAGCAAACAGUGGAAUGUAAACUGCUGUGAUAUUUCACUUUGUUUUCAAUAUUUUAAAUAUUUUAAUUUGUGACAAGCAUGCUGGUAGUACAUUACAGGGGAGGUGGAUCUUUGAAAAAAUUUCUUUAAGAUAUGAUGCUGAAAACUUUCAGCAUCAUACCGCAAAGAAUCCUAUAUUUGAAAUGAGCACAUAUUACAUAUAUGUACGUACAAGUUUUCAGCACCAUAUCUCAAAGAAUAAAAAUUUUUCAAAUACCCACCUCCCCCCUUAAACAGUGCAAGGGUUAGUGUGAAGCAUAUGUAUGACAAAAUAAUGAUGGACGAGGACAAGUGCUGUAGCCCUAGUACAAUGAAAAUUGCGAACUGACCAGCCCAUUGCAUUUUUAUGGUGCACUACAGUUAAUGUAAAUCCAUCACAGUUAGGCACAGGCAAAUCCUGCCUGCGUUAUGACCUUGCAGUAUGUUACUGCACCAAAGAUGUAAUUUAUUUGCAACAAGCAUGACAAAGUAACAAUCGACAAGGACAAGUGAAUGUAAAUCUGUCAGUUGGGCAAGUAUGUUACUGCACCAAAGAUGUUAAUUUGUGACAAGCAUAACAAAGUAACAAUCGACAAGGACAAGUGAAUGUAAAUCUGUCACAGUUGGGCACAGGCAAAGCCUGCCUGUCUUCUGACCUUGCAGUAUGUUACUGCACCAAAGAUGUUAAUUUGUUGGCAUGACAAAGUAACAAUCGACUACGACAAGCACUGUAGCCCAAGUACUAAUGUAAAUGUGUAAAUGUAGUUCAUCUAAAUCUCUCAAAAUUGGGCACCCCACUAAUGUGCCACUUUUUUAUUCAAUAAAGCAUAUAGAAACCAUUGUUUACAGGGUGUGGUGUUUCAUGGUCACUGGCUCGGUAAAAGAGGACAAGCGCUGUAGCCCAAGUACU